UGACAGGGAGAGAACAUUAGGCGGGUAAUCUUACACCGAUAAUUCUAGUGGAGAUGUUUCGUUCGUCGUCAUCGUCGUCGUCGUUCCAAGGAUAAGGUUUCAGACCUCUGAUUGCAAACAUUCGAUCGAUGUCUUAAAAGCUCGGAAUUACGUUCGUAUCGUAGGCCAAACCAAUGAAUUUACCAGCGAGUUUUCGCGGGAACUUCAUUCCGUUAUCCUCGCACUCACACUUUGGUAGCACCUCUUGCUGUGACCUUCGCUUCUUUCCAUUCGUUCCUUCUCCAGUCGUCACCUCUGGCCGAAAAUGGAGCAAUUUGAGGCCGAACAAAAGGUUAGAGUUCCAUGGAAAGCGAGACGUGUUUUGCAGAGUGGCUGAUACAGACACCGAACCGGAACGCAAUAAUGACGAGGAAAAGGGAGCACAUGAAGAUGAGGAAACAAAAGCUUUGGCUGAGCCGGUUACACCUGUGAUUGAUCAGACUAAAGACCAAAUUGGGGCAGAGCUGCUUGAUUCAAACAACACAAUGACUGAUAAUGGUGCAGAAGUUAAGGCUCAAGGUGGAGUUGAGGAUGGAGAUAAUGUAGAAGUUGCAAGCGGAUCACCUCUUCCAGGUGUGAAGCCACAACAAUUCGACGAAUCAAUGAGGAUACCAAAGGAAACAAUAGACAUUUUUAGAGACCAAGUAUUCGGCUUUGACACCUUUUUCGUGACAAGUCAGGAGCCAUAUGAGGGAGGGUUGUUGUUUAAGGGAAACCUUCGAGGACAGGCUGCUAGAAGUUAUGAAAAGAUAACAAAGAGGCUGGAAGACAAGUUUGGGGAUCUAUAUAAGCUUUUCCUUUUAAUCAAUCCAGAGGAUGACAAACCCAUAGCCGUUGUGGUUCCAAGAAGGACCUUGCAACCAGAAACAGCUGCAGUCCCGGAAUGGUUUGCUGCCGGAGCUUUUGGAUUAGUUACAGUCUUCACCUUACUUCUGCGGAAUGUGCCUGCACUGCAAUCAAACGUACUGUCAACUUUUAACAAUCUCGACUUAUUGAAGGAUGGCUUGCCUGGAGCCCUUGUAAUUGCUCUUAUUUUGAGUGUACAUGAAAUCGGCCAAAUUUUAGUUGCAAAAGACGCUGGAGUUAAGCUUGGGGUGCCAUUUUUUGUACCAAGUUGGCAGAUAGGCUGUUUUGGUGCUAUCACAAGGGUUUUAAAUAUUGUACCCAAGCGUGAGGAUCUUCUGAAGGUUGCAGCAGCAGGACCAUUAGCAGGCUUCUCCUUGGGUCUUGUUCUUUUGCUUCUGGGAUUCUUCUUGCCACCCAGUGAUGGUCUAGGUGUUGUCGUUGAUGCUUCUGUGUUUCACGAGUCUCUUCUUGUUGGCAGUAUAGCAAAGCUUCUUCUGGGAGAUGUUCUCAAGGAAGGAACUCCAUUAUCCAUCAACCCACUUGUGAUAUGGGCAUGGGCCGGACUUCUCAUCAAUGCCAUCAACAGCAUUCCUGCAGGAGAGCUUGACGGUGGAAGAAUAUCUUUCGCUAUUUGGGGAAGAAAGGCUUCAUCGCGCUUGACAGCUGUCUCUAUCGUACUGCUCGGACUAUCCUCUUUGAUUAACGAUGUCGCUUUUUACUUUGUAGUACUAAUAUUCUUCUUGCAAAGAGGGCCAAUAGCCCCACUGUCCGAAGAAAUCACCGACCCAGACAACAGUUAUAUUGCCCUUGGAGUUUCAGUUUUGCUAUUUGGACUCCUGGUGUACUUACCUUACCCAUUCCCCUUUUCAAGUGACGCCAUUGUAAGUUUCUAGUAUCAUGUACCGCACAUAAAAUUGUACUGUAGAUAGCUGACAGUCUCUAGUGAUUGGGUUCCACUCGAGGAUUCUUACGUAUUGGCUUAUUAUAUGAGAUUCUGUAUCAUUGUUUUAUAGCGAGUGUAAAAAUCCUGAAAGUAGGCUCUUCGUUCUGUAUAUUUAGUUCGUAUUACAGCACAUUAUCAAUAAACUGUACUUUUAAUU